AUGGAAAAGAAAAUCGGUAUUUUCCCUGCCGCGGGCGCACUCGGCGGCAGCAUCGUCAAGCACCUAUCUUCCCUCAUCCCAGCAUCCAGCUUGAUCCUCGUUGCGCGGAGACCUGAUACUCUAGCUGAGUAUAGUCGACAAGGUGCUGUGGUUCGGCACGCAGAUUAUGAUGAAGAUGCCUCACUGAAUCGCGCCUUUGAUGGUGUCGGGGUUUUGUUUUUGAUUUCGUAUGCGUCGUGUGAACACGAGCAUCGAUCGAGGGCACACCGCAAAGCAAUCGACGCCGCCCUGCACAGCGGCGUAAAACACAUUUUUUACUCUUCGCUCGCCUUCGCCGGAAACCUCUCCAAAUCCAGCGACGCACUCGUCAUGCGCGCCCAUCUCGAUACAGAGGCAUACCUGCAAGAACUCGGUCGUACCCGCGCACCCGAUUUUACAUUCACCAUCCUCCGAGAAGGUCUCUACCACGAAUCAUUCCCGAUUUAUACAUCCUUUUUCCGGCCUCAGGAGGUUAUCGAUGUCAUUACCGAUGAGAACACUCGACGACAAAGCGGUGGCGGGGAUCACGGCGAGAUUCAAAUCAAGAUUCCGCACGACGGGUCUGCGCCGGGAGUAGCGUGGGCGAAUCGCGAUGAUUUGGGUGAAGCUAGCGCCAAGAUUGUUAAGCUUUACAUGCAAAACCCGUUGGGAUUCCCGUUUACAAAUAGCACGUUAUUGCUGUCAGGCCCAAAAGUGCUUACAUUAAACGAAGUGGUUGCGGUUUUGGAGAAGCUCAUCCGCGAAAGAACGGGUAGGGAUAUUAGUGUUAAGAUUAAGCAAGUCUCGGUUGAGGAGUAUGCGAAUCAGCCUCAUGUGCCGCCAUUGUUGACGUAUCAUGGCGUCGAUCUCAGUCGCGAAUGGGCGACGGCGUGGCAAGCUAUACGCAACGGUGAAUGCGCGGUUGUCUCCCCUGUGCUGAAAGAGAUUCUGGGCCGGGAGCCAGAGGAAUUCGAGACGACGCUUAGAAAGGAUUUGACUAGAAAGUACGGUUCAUAG